AUGGCGCCGUAUCCCGGGUCUGAUGCAGACUAUUUCAAGGAUAAGGCGCGUAGGGAUCUUUUGACCCUCCUCGAAGGCGUACGCGGUAAGAAGAACCUCAUCGUCAGUCAAGACCUGGCUGGUCCAGUCGGGCUGUUCGUCAAGUUCUCUUUGCUCCAGGAGUACGGUGUAGAUCGCGUUUUUCUGCUGGAAAAUGGCAAUGUGGACUCCUCUCAGCGCAAUGUUGUCUUCCUAGCGCAUGCCGAGAAGCUUCCUCAGGUGCGGGCUGUGGCAGAACAAAUCAAGCGCCUUCAGCGAAACGGCAACAUUGAACAUGAAAUCUCCAUUUUCUGGGUUCCGAGACGGACACUCGUAAGCAAUACAAUCCUCGAGGAAGCAGGCAUCAUCGGAGACGUGAACAUUGCCGAAUUUCCACUGUAUUUCAUGCCUUUGGAGCAAGAUGUAUUGUCGCUGGAGCUAGAGGACGCUUUUAGCGAUCUUUACCUGCACAAGAAUCCAGGAUGCAUCUUUCACUCCGCGAAGGCUCUCAUGGACAUCCAACAGAGACAUGGAUACUUCCCUCGCAUCAUCGGCAAAGGUGACCAUGCACGACGACUAGCCGACCUCCUGCUCCGAAUGAGAAAGGAGCUCGACGCUGAAGAAAGCUCAGGACUCGCCGGGGUGUCAGCUCGCGGUCUCUUGCCCAGCGCAACGACAGAGAGCCUCAUAAUCAUCGACCGCGAAGUCGACUUCGGCACCCCUCUUCUAACCCAAUUGACUUACGAAGGCCUCAUCGACGAGACCGUCGGCAUCAAGAAUAACCAAGCCGACAUCGACACCUCCAUUGUCGGCGGCGCGACCACCGUGCCCCAAACGCAGGAGUCAUCCAAAGGCCCGCAACCAGCCUCCUCUUCCAAACAACAUCAAAAGCGCAAAAUCCAGCUCGACUCCUCAGACCAGCUCUUCAGCCAACUGCGGGACGCCAACUUCGCCAUCGUUGGCGACAUUCUCAAUAAAGUCGCGCGGCGCCUUGAGAGCGACUAUGAGAGCCGGCACUCCGCCAAGACCACCACGGAGCUGCGCGAAUUCGUCAACAAACUCCCCUCCUACCAACUCGAGCACCAGAGCCUCCGCGUACACACCAACCUCGCCGAGGAAAUCAUGCGCAACACGCGCGCCGACAUCUUCCGCAAGCUCCUCGAGGUGCAGCAGAACUACGCCGCAGGCGCAGACCCGACCUACCACCACGACGCGGUGGAGGAGCUCAUCGCCCGCGACGUGCCCCUCCCCGCCGUCCUGCGCCUCCUAUGCCUCGAGUCCUGCAUGUCUGGCGGACUCCGGCCGCGGGACCUCGAGAACCUCAAGCGGCAGAUCGUCCAAGCCUACGGCCACCAGCACGUGCUGACCUUCUGCGCCCUCGAGAAGAUGCAACUCCUCCAGCCACGCCCCUCCUCCACGCCCACGGCUCUCCUCCUCCCCACGGCCGCCACCACCACCACCUCCACAACCACGGGAUCCCACCACCACCAGCAGAGCGCAAGCAGCCGCACCAACUACAACACCCUCCGCAAAACCCUGCGCCUCGUUGUCGAGGAAGUCAGCGAAAAGGAUCCCAACGACGUGGCCUACGUGUACAGCGGCUUCGCGCCCCUAAGCAUCCGACUGGUGCAGUGCGUGCUGCAGAAACCGUACGUCCUGUCCUUGGUGCGGGGCGGGCCCGUGGCGACUGUCGCGCCGAGCCCCGCCAGCGCCUCCUCGCCGGGCUGGCUCGGCUUCGAGGAUGUGGUCAAGAGCGCCCGCGGCGCGACCUUCAGCAUCGUGCAGAAAGGCGACGAUAAGGCUGUGCGCGCCAGGCAGACUAUCAGCGGCGCCCACGCCGUCAAGACCGUGUAUGUCUUCUUCCUGGGCGGCAUUACCUUCACCGAGAUCGCUGCGUUGCGGUUCAUCGCGGCCCAGGAGGCCCCGCGUCGGCGGAUCGUGAUCUGUACGACGGGUAUUGUGAAUGGGGAUCGCAUGAUGGAGGCGGCGAUUGAGAAGGGUAGUUUUGCGAAGGUUGCAUAGGUGAGGUUGGGGGACGAGGUUGGAGGAUUAAUUGUUGUUUAUGAUGGCAUAAUAGCAUGAACCC